AUGAACCGUCAACUGCUACCACCGUUGCCGAAGAAUGCUAGCUCGGUGGAUUCUAAAAUCUGGCGAGCGAUCGCCGGCGCCGCCGUGCAUAUCCCCGCUGUUAAUUCUAGGGUUUACUACUUUCCUCAAGGACAUAUGGACCAAGCUUCUUCUCCUCCUAACAACCUUUCUCCUCGACUACUCUCCCGGCCUUACAUUCUCUGUUCUGUUUCUGGUGUUCAAUUUCUUGCCGAUCCAAAAACCGAUGAGGUUUUUGCGAAACUGUUUCUUCAGCCUCUCAAUGAUUUUGCUGCUAUUUUCCCUCGUGUUCCUGCUCCCGAAGUUGAUGAUGGUGAGAGGAUUUUCUCGUUUGCGAAGAUUCUCACGCCUUCGGAUGCUAACAACGGAGGUGGAUUCUCCGUUCCGAGGUUUUGCGCUGAUUCGAUUUUCCCGCCCCUUGACUAUAGUAUGGACCCUCCGUAUCAGUCUCUUGUGAUUACUGACGUGCACGGCAUGGCUUGGGAGUUUCGUCACAUUUACCGUGGCACGCCGAGAAGGCAUCUGCUUACCACCGGUUGGAGUAGGUUCGUUAACGGUAAAAAGCUCGUUGCUGGUGAUUCUGUUGUUUUCAUGAAGAAUACCAGAGGUAACAUGUUCAUCGGUAUCCGCCGCGCUGUCCGUUACGUGCCGGCUCGGAGUGCUAACGACACGACAAGAUUGUGUCUUCCGAUCUGCGGGGUGAGAAACAGGGUGGAGGAUGAAGAUGAGGAGAAACAGGUGGAAGAGAAGUGUAGAGAGGAGUUCUCGAGGAACGGGAAAGGGAAGUUGUCUCCGAAAUCUGUUGCGGAGGCAGCGGAAUUGGCGGCGCAGGGGUUGGCGUUUGAAGUUGUGUAUUAUCCGAAAGCUGGUUGGUCGGAUUUUGUGCUGAAAGCUGAGGUUGUGGAUGCAGCAAUGAGUGUAACAUGGUGUCCGGGAAUGAGAGUCAAAAUGGCUGUGGAGACUGAUGAUUCUUCUCGGACUACAUGGUUUCAGGGUGUAGUGUCUUCGGUUUCUGUUCCUGAUAAUGGCCCUUGGGGAGGUUCCCCUUGGCGUAUGCUUCAUAUUACAUGGGAUGAACCUGAAGUGUUGCAAACUUCCAAGUGGGUCAGCCCUUGGCAGAUUGAACUUCUUUCUACAACACCUUCACUUCAUACACCAUUUCCCUCAAUAAAAAGGCUUAGAGGGCCCCAUGGGGUGUUAACUGAUGGAGACCCUUUUUCUAUCACAGCAUUCACUAAUUCAACAAUGGGGCAACUGAAUCAAUCAUUGUUGAGUUACGGUACUUUUCCUGCUGGCAUGCAGGGAGCCAGGCAUGAUCUAUUUUCUGUUUCAAGUUUUUCCAACUUUCCAGGUGAAAACCCCCGUCUGUGUAUGAGUAACUCCUUUGGCAACAACACAGUGCUGGGGUUGAAAUCUUUGUCAACUGAGCUAAAUGUUGGCAGUUCUCAAUCUGAUGAUUUUUCACCAGAGAGCCAGAGUAGUUUGCCUUCCUUUGGCACAGAUUUUGUCCGGAACUACAACUGCAACUCAAUGAAACCUGGGCCGGUAUCGUUUCAGCUAUUUGGUGUAGUCAUUCAGACAGAACGGCCUGUUGAAAGUGGUUCGCAUGGUACUGGUAGUCCAGGAGAUGACAGCAGUAAGGGCUGCAAUGAAACUGAAGGCAUGAACAAUCCUCUUGAGGAUUCUUUGAUUUACUCAAAAUUGCUUGACAGACUGGAUGGCCAGUGCCAAAUUGCCUCAACUGUCGAGGCAUGCUAUUUGUGA